AUGUGUGGUGAGAGCAACCGCCCUACCUUUGGCGGCACCAUUGCCGUGCUUUUCCCGCGGGACACUCGUCUGCCUUCAAAUCCAAGCUCGUUAUCCUCAUCGCCAGACUCAAUCGUCUCCUCGGCAUCAUCAACCUCGACUCUCUCAUCCUAUUCUCUCUUCUUCCGAGAUGCAGAGACCAAGGGCCGCAACACGAAGGCCAUUCUCCAGAUCGACGAUGAGGAGACCUUCGAAACACUGCGUGGUUGCGGACAAGUGAACAUGCGCAUCGAGAAAUAUGGAGACCUCACCACGUCUUCACCAAAUACACCACCACUGCACCAGUUCCAACUUGACCUAAGUCGGAACUACGGCCUCAAACCAGGCCACCGCCAAACUGAAAUGGAGUUUGAGCUGCCCGAACGGCUGGACCUGGGUGUCUCAGAAAAGGGCGUUGUGGGCCGACAGGUGACGAUGAGAGAAGCCGGCGGAGCGAUUCUCGGGGUAGGAAUCGUGGGAUACAACUGA